ACGCGCUUAUGCUGCUCACUGAAAGAUCGCUGGCGCCAUCUUGGAUCAGGGGAGGUUUUUAAACGGGAAAAAGUCAAAGAGGCAGGAAAGGAAAAAACAACUAUAAAACGUUGGGAAACCCUGUUCGUUUGGACCGACGGCGAAAAUGACACUCGGUCUGAACUCAUGACAUCUGCUUUUAAGUACUUUUUCGAGACUCGGACGAAGUAAAACAUCAACAGCCGCUGGAGCAGGAGGUUUUCCUCGUCAGCUGGGAAAGUUGUUUUGUAUGUGUUAGCUCGCACAAGAACACCUUUACCUGUCGGACAUGACAUCCGCCAACUCAGUGUAAAUACUCUUUGUGGAUGCCUUUGAUUCUGACACGGGACUUAUGCAGGUCCAAACUGAGCUGUCAUGAUGGAUAUGCCCGAGGUGCUGUCACUGGCCUCAGCCGCUGGAUCUCUUUCUAACGUUGUCCCGAAGGCCAACAACAAACGCCAGGCCACCUCGGACUAUGACGACGACGAGGGAAGCAAACUGUUCAGGUGUGAUGAUGAUGGAGGGGGAUCCAAUGAUAAGGAGAGGUUUGCCAGGGAGAACCACAGCGAGAUCGAGCGCAGGCGGAGGAACAAGAUGACCGCUUACAUCACGGAGCUGUCAGACAUGGUGCCCACCUGCAGCGCUCUGGCACGCAAACCAGACAAGCUGACCAUCCUGCGCAUGGCAGUGUCACACAUGAAGACGCUCCGAGGAAGCGGCGGCGAUGCAGCACACAAACCCUCCUUCCUCACAGACCAGGAGCUGAAGCACCUGGUUCUGGAGGUGGCUGAUGGGUUUCUGUUCGUGGUGUCGUGUGAAACCGGCCGUGUGCUUUAUGUGUCAGACUCUGUCACACCGGUUCUGAACCAGGCUCAGUCGGAUUGGCUCGGAUCGUCUCUGUAUGACCAGCUUCAUCCAGACGACACCGAGAAACUCCGAGAGCAGCUCUCCACCAGCGAGAACAACAACGCCGGCCGGAUGUUGGACAUGAAGACAGGCACGGUGAAGAAAGAGGGCGGGCAGGCUUCUGUGAGGAUGAGUAUGGGCACACGCCGCUCCUUCAUCUGCAGGAUGAGAUGUGGAGUGUGUCCCGUAGAGCCGGUGUCCAUGAACAGACUUCACUUCCUGAGAAGCAGAAACAGGAAUGGACUGGGUCCUCCUAAGGAGGGCGAGCCGCAGUAUGUGGUCAUGCACUGCACAGGCUUCAUCAAGUCCUGGCCUCCUGCAGGAGUGACUCUUUCUGAAGAGGAGGCCGAUAACAAUCAGGGAAACCGCUUCUGUCUAGUCGCCAUUGGAAGGCUUCAGGUCACAUGUUGCCCGAGCGACACAAACGUAAACAACAUCAGCGUUCCAGUGGAAUUUAUUUCCCGCCACAACUGUCAGGGCCUCUACACUUUUGUGGAUCACCGCUGUCAGGCGACGGUGGGCUUCCAGCCUCAGGAGCUACUGGGGAAGAACAUUGUGGAGUUUGCUCAUCCAGAAGACCAGGGCUUACUGAGAGACAGCCUUCAGCAGGUGGUGAAACUGCGAGGUCAGGUGCUCUCGGUGAUGUUCCGGUUCCGAUCUAAAUCCCGCGAGUGGAUCUGGAUGAGAACCAGCUCGUUCACCUUCCAGAACCCCUUCUCUGAGGAGAUCGAGUACAUCAUCUGCACCAACGCCAAUGUCAAUAGAAGUGCGAAUCAGGACUCCCUGUCCCCCCUCUCUUCCCCUUCACUGGGGCAGAGCAGUCCUCACUGCCCCUCCAUCCCCAGCCCAGGCCAGGUCACAGCCAGGCAGAUGCAGCAGCAGGCCGAGUUAGACGGAGGCAUGGGACGAGACGCAGCGUAUGAGACCAACCAGGCCACUCUUCCUCAGGGUCCAGUGCAGACUGUAGGUGUGAGCACUGCUGAUCACAACUCUAAGGCCGUGUGCUCCAGUGCCUCCGGUGGACAGCAGGGUUACCCACCAGCAGCGUCUUUCCCCGGCUCUGCCCGUCCCAGCGAGCCCUUCAGGUCAGGAGGACUGGUCCAGCAGAUGGUUCCUCACUCAGCUGGUCAGAUGCUGGCACAGAUGUCCCUUCAGAGCACACCUUCUGGAGUCUCCGCCAGCAACAACAGCCCCAUGCAGCCCCAGACGGGUCCCACAGCGCCCCCUGGAGUCUGGCCUGCCACAAGACCACCCUUCAACACACAGCAGAUGGCAGGUCAGGUUGGGAAGAGUCAGUCUCCUCAGUUCAACAUGGGAGGUUUCAGCUCCGCCCCUACAUCCUCCACUCCCUCUUCCUUCAGCCAGAUGGGUGGGGCUUCUGCUUCAAUGACCAGCACAUCAAAUUACCAACAAAUAAACAGCCACACCAUCCCAUCCACUAAUGGAUUCGGUGACAUGAAUCAGAUGGGAGCGCAGUUCAGCUCCAGGCCAGCAGAGGGAGUGUCAGGCUGGCAGCAGUGGCAGACUCAACCACACACACAGAGCACUGCAGACACACACCAGCAGCCUCCACACAACCAGCCAGAGCUGUUUCAGGAUGUGAUCUCCAUGUUGGAUCAAAGCGGCAGUUUCAGCAACGAUGGAUUCACCGAGUUGCCCAUGUUUCCUCCGUUCCCCGAGUAGUGAUCCCGCUUCCUCUGUUCCUCCUUCACUUCCUGUUGCUCUCUCUCAAGCCAUUUCUGAUUCUCUUAACCAAAUCAAUGGCAGAACGGAGGCUUGGCCGGAUCUGGAACCAGAGUGAGACUGAUGCAUUGUGGGAAGGGAAGUUAAACGCCAUACUGUGAGGAUGCAGUGUAGCGCAGAGACAGACAGACAGACAUCAGGCCGUGCUGAAAUGUGUUUAAAAUCACGCACAAUUGCACACUUGGAGCACAAGCGGUCUCGCACUGUCUGCCGUACACACACACACACACACUGGUCUGUCUGUGACUGAUUGUGUACCAGUUGCACUGCCUCUUCUCAGAAGAUGUGUGAGAACUGAAUUCAGCUGAAAGAUGCUGUGAGAGUCUGGAGUCAGCUGAUCGUGUGAUCCUGAUAUGUGACACCGAAGCCGUGGCACACUUCCCUUCCCUUGUUUUGAAGAGCGUCUGUUCACAGUUGAAGACUCGGCUCUGUUUCCAUACGACGUGGAGUUUGAAUUGAAUUGGUUUAACAGGAUGUUGAAUUCAAAAGACGGCAAGAUCAAUUCAAAAUUUACUGAAUUGGAGUUUUGCAUUUUAAAUCAACAUCGAUUUCUUGAUGUCUUCCAGUGUUUCAAAUGUAAUUCAUACUUCUAAUGUUUUUAAAAAUGACUUUUUUCAAUUUUUUAAUGUUACUGACACUUUAUUUUACAGUGUCCUUGUUGCACAUCACAUACUUACUGUAGUAAACUAUUCUUAAUAGCAUGCAGUUAACCCUAAACAGACCCUAUAUGAGUACAGGCUGUGUUAUAACACCGUAAGAAGGACUGCUUAAAAUAAAGUGUACCCUUGCUUGCUUAAACUAUUCUUCAUCCUGUUUGCUACCUCUGUUCAAACUGAGACGCCCCGAUGCUGAUGCAGUAAAACUCCUCCGAUGUUGGUCUUCCAUCGAUUCUGCAGCUUUAUCUGAGUUUAGACAGAUGCAUCUCGUUUAGCGUGUGCUGAUGAUGGUUUCACUCAGGAAUGUUUCUGUGAAACAGAUUCGAAUCAAGCAAUAAAGAGCAGGAUCUGUGUCCGUCAAAGCCAUUUUUGUUGCUAUCCUAAUUCUCGUUAUCAUGAUGUCUUGUUUUAAUAUAUAAAAGAAGAAACGUACUCUGCUUCAUCUCUUCAUGUUAUUCUGAUUUAGUCUUGUACAGAGAAUAUUCCUGAACCUCUAUUGGUGGGUUUGAUUUAUUGUUCAUUUUCUUUCAAUCAAAAGCUUUUGAUGAAUUGUUUGAUGAUUGAUUUUGAAUGUGGGGGGGUUUGUCUUUUUUCAGUACUUCUGUGCAUUAAAUCGAGUGCUCGUGUCACUUUUUUUCGGAUGUGAAAGGGUCCGUGCUCUGGUGUUUUUUUAGUUGUUUCUCUAUAUUUUCACAAUGUUUUGAACUGCAGUUUGUGCAUAACGUAUAUACAAAUAAAUAAACAUAUAUAUGUAUA